GUACAUAAUCCGCUUUGACAGCUUCUAUUCUUCAAACACGACCUUUGAAUUUGUGAGCUUUGCGUCCAGCUUCAGCUCCAGCAAGUACAUUUUGUAAUAACCAAUUGAGACCGAGCGCACACCCCGCUCACCACUAUCGCCAUGGUCCUCCACAACCCGAACAACUGGCAUUGGGUGAACAAAGAUGUGUCAGGAUGGACGCGCGAGUAUCUUGACAAGGAGCUCACGCAAAUAUCUGCUGAGCAAGAUGGCGUCACAGCGAAGAUUGACAAGGUCGUGAGCAUGGACGGAGAUGUGGACGUCAGCCAGCGCAAGGGCAAGGUCAUUACCAUUUUUGAUGUGAGGCUGAAGCUGGAAUACUCAGGCAAGAACAAAGAGGGCGAGGAGGCCAGCGGCACGAUUACCGUCCCGGAAGUCGCUCACGACACGGAGGAAGACGAGUAUGUCUUUGAGGUAGAUGUCUACUCCGACGACAGCAGUAAACAGCCUGUCAAGGACCUAGUACGAUCCAAGAUCCUACCGCAAUUGCGCACAAGCUUUGGAAAGCUAGCGCCAGCGGUCAUGGCGGAACACGGAAAGGACAUUCAGCACGCGCCAGGCACCAAUCCUGGUAGCGGCUUCACUGCUCCCAAGGUGUACUCGAGCUCGAGCGUGAACAAGUCUACUGGCUCCAAGGCGGAAACGUCGGGCUCCCAGCAGAGCAGCUCUGGUGCGGUUGUCAACGUAACCACAAUCACCGACAGCACAGAAUUCCGCACAGACGCAGCCAAUUUGUAUCAGACCUUCACGGACCCUCAGCGCCUUGCCGCAUUUACACGAGCACCACCGAAGAACUUUACCGGCGCAAAACCCGGAGGUACAUUCGAGCUCUUUGGCGGAAACGUCAGCGGGGAGUUUACCGAGCUCCAGGAGCCUACGCACAUCGUCCAGAAAUGGCGACUGGCGCAAUGGCCGGCGGGUCACUACUCGACACUAUCAAUAUGGUUCGACCAGAAUGAUGUUGAUGCCGUGACGGUCAUGAGGGUUGAGUGGAAGGGUGUCCCAGUCGGUCAGGAGGAGCCUACAAAGACCAAUUGGGAUCAGUACUAUGUUCGCAGCAUCAAGACCACAUUUGGAUUUGGCACAGUGCUAUAGCCGAAUGUGAGCCUUGGUCGCACGGUACCCGGAAUGGAGUAAGGGGCGUUGUGGGGGUUUACGAAUGCACAUGCAGUGAUGGAUACUGAACGAUUCCAAUGACAGCCUUCAGGCACACAAUGAAUAAAUUAUCAAAUCCUGAAAGUCCAA